CACCAGAAGUGACGCCACGCGCGCGCCGGCGGCUCGGUGAACAGAUACAGCGCGUUUUAACGGGACGUUUUUGUGUUUGUUUACCGUAAACAAGGCUGUAAACAACAGUAAACAUCAUGUAUGAUCAGGAUGAAGAUAUCCAGUAUGAUGAAGAUGAUGAUGAAAUCACCCCAGAUCUGUGGCAGGAAGCCUGCUGGAUUGUUAUCAGCUCCUACUUUGAUGAGAAGGGCCUGGUGCGACAGCAGCUGGACUCAUUUGAUGAGUUUAUUCAGAUGUCUGUUCAGAGGAUCGUGGAGGAUGCUCCACCCAUAGACCUACAGGCUGAAGCUCAGCACACCUCCGGAGAGGUGGAGGAACCGCCUCGGUAUCUGCUGAAGUUUGAGCAGAUCUAUUUGUCCAAACCAACACACUGGGAAAGAGAUGGAGCUCCAUCACCCAUGAUGCCCAAUGAGGCCAGACUCCGAAACCUCACGUACUCGGCUCCUCUGUACGUGGACAUCACCAAGACCAUCAUAAAGGAGGGAGAGGAGCAGCUUCAGACGCAGCACCAGAAAACCUUCAUCGGCAAAAUUCCCAUCAUGCUCCGCUCCACCUACUGUCUCCUCAGCGGCCUGACGGACCGUGAUCUCUGUGAGCUGAACGAGUGUCCCCUGGACCCGGGGGGCUACUUCAUCAUCAACGGCUCCGAGAAGGUUCUUAUCGCUCAGGAGAAGAUGGCCACUAACACGGUGUAUGUGUUUGCAAAAAAGGACUCUAAGUAUGCGUACACGGCCGAGUGCAGGUCCUGCCUGGAGAACUCCUCCAGACCCACCAGCUCCAUCUGGGUCAGCAUGAUGGCCAGAGGAGGACAGGGAGUGAAGAAGAGCGCUAUCGGUCAGAGAAUUGUCUCUACGCUGCCGUACAUCAGACAGGAAGUGCCCAUCAUCAUCGUGUUCAGAGCUCUGGGAUUUGUGUCCGACAGGGACAUCCUGGAGCACAUCAUCUACGACUUUGAUGACCCAGAGAUGAUGGAGAUGGUGAAGCCGUCUCUGGACGAGGCCUUCGUGAUCCAGGAGCAGAACGUAGCUCUGAACUUCAUCGGAUCCAGAGGAGCCAAACCUGGAGUCACCAAGGAGAGGAGGAUUAAAUACGCUAAAGAGGUUCUGCAGAAAGAGGUUCUGCCCCAUGUGGGAGUUUCUGACUUCUGUGAGACAAAGAAAGCCUACUUUUUAGGUUAUAUGGUGCACAGACUGCUGCUGGCAGCUCUGGGCAGAAGAGAGCUGGAUGACAGAGAUCAUUACGGAAACAAAAGGCUGGACCUGGCCGGCCCUCUGCUGGCCUUCCUCUUCAGAGGAAUGUUUAAGAACCUGCUGAAGGAGAUCAGGAUCUACGCACAGAAGUUUAUCGACCGGGGGAAGGACUUUAACCUGGAGCUGGCCAUCAAAACCCGCAUCAUCUCUGAUGGGCUGAAGUAUUCUCUGGCCACGGGCAACUGGGGCGAUGUCAAAAAGGCUCACCAGGCCAGAGCUGGAGUGUCUCAGGUGUUGAACAGACUGACGUUCGCCUCUACGUUAUCACACUUGCGGCGUGUAAACUCUCCCAUCGGCCGAGACGGAAAGCUGGCCAAACCCAGGCAACUCCACAACACACUGUGGGGCAUGGUGUGCCCCGCCGAGACCCCAGAGGGUCACGCUGUAGGUCUGGUGAAGAACCUUGCACUCAUGGCCUACAUCUCUGUCGGGUCUCAACCUUCCCCCAUCCUGGAGUUCUUGGAGGAGUGGAGCAUGGAGAACCUGGAGGAAAUCUCACCUGCAGCCAUUGCAGAUGCUACUAAGAUCUUUGUGAACGGCUGCUGGGUGGGCAUCCACAAAGAUCCUGAACAGCUGAUGAACACCCUGAGGAAGCUGAGGAGACAGAUGGACAUCAUUGUGUCUGAGGUGUCGAUGAUCCGAGACAUCAGAGAGCGAGAGAUCCGUAUUUAUACAGAUGCUGGGCGUAUUUGCAGACCUCUGCUGAUCGUGGAGAAGCAGAAGCUCUUGCUGAAGAGGCGCCACAUCGAUCAGCUGAAAGAGCGAGAGUACAACAACUACAGUUGGCAGGACCUGGUGGCGAGCGGGGUGGUGGAGUAUAUUGAUACGCUGGAGGAAGAGACGGUGAUGCUGGCCAUGACUCCAGAUGAUCUCCAGGAGAAGGGUGUGGCCUAUUGCUCCACCUACACACACUGUGAGAUCCACCCCUCGAUGAUCCUGGGAGUGUGUGCAUCCAUUAUACCGUUCCCCGAUCACAAUCAGUCUCCCAGGAACACGUACCAGUCUGCUAUGGGGAAGCAGGCUAUGGGAGUCUACAUCACCAACUUCCACGUACGUAUGGACACCCUGGCCCACGUGCUGUACUACCCCCAGAAGCCUCUGGUCACCACGCGCUCUAUGGAGUACCUGCGCUUCCGAGAGCUGCCAGCAGGCAUCAACUCCAUUGUGGCCAUUGCCUCGUACACUGGCUACAAUCAGGAGGACUCUGUCAUCAUGAACCGCUCCGCUGUGGACCGAGGAUUCUUCAGGUCUGUGUUCUACCGCUCCUAUAAAGAGCAGGAGUCUAAGAAAGGCUUUGAUCAGGAGGAGAUCUUCGAGAAGCCCAAGCGUGAGGAGUGUCAAGGCAUGCGGCAUGCGAUCUACGAUAAGCUGGAUGAUGACGGGCUGAUCGCGCCGGGCGUGCGAGUGUCCGGUGAGGACGUGAUAAUCGGUAAAACGGUCACUCUGCCCGAGAACGACGACGAGCUGGACAGCACGAACCGCCGCUACACCAAGAGAGACUGCAGCACUUUCCUCCGCACCAGUGAGACCGGCAUCGUCGACCAGGUCAUGGUCACCCUCAACCAGGAGGGCUACAAGUUCUGCAAGAUCAGGGUUCGUUCAGUCCGGAUCCCUCAGAUCGGGGAUAAGUUUGCCAGUCGUCACGGGCAGAAAGGAACCUGUGGAAUUCAGUACAGGCAGGAGGACAUGCCUUUUACGUGUGAGGGAAUCACCCCCGACAUCAUCAUCAACCCCCACGCCAUCCCCUCCAGAAUGACAGUUGGUCACUUGAUCGAGUGUCUGCAGGGGAAGGUUUCUGCAAACAAAGGGGAGAUUGGUGACGCCACGCCGUUUAACGACGCCGUGAACGUGCAGAAAGUCUCCAACCUGCUGUCUGAGUACGGCUACCACCUGAGAGGAAACGAGGUGCUGUACAAUGGUUUCACAGGUCGCAAACUGACCUCUCAGAUCUUCGUCGGACCCACUUACUACCAGCGACUGAAGCACAUGGUGGACGAUAAGAUCCACUCGCGAGCUCGCGGCCCCGUCCAGAUCCUCAACAGGCAGCCUAUGGAGGGCAGAUCACGUGAUGGUGGUCUGCGUUUCGGAGAGAUGGAGCGAGAUUGUCAGAUAGCUCACGGAGCAGCACAGUUCCUGAGGGAGCGUCUGUUCGAGGCGUCCGACCCCUACCAGGUGCACGUGUGCAACCUGUGCGGACUAAUGGCCAUCGCCAACACGCGCACUCACACUUACGAGUGCAGGGGCUGCAGAAACAAGACUCAGAUUUCUCUGGUCCGGCUGCCGUACGCCUGUAAGCUUCUGUUUCAGGAGUUGAUGUCUAUGAGUAUUGCUCCUCGUAUGAUGACCAGCUGAACGCCUGAACUGUUCAGUUAUGAGGAGAAAUAGAGGAGAAACUGGGCUCAUCAUACUGAAGAGGAGAGAAACUGAAUGCACUUGUAGCCCAGUGUUCGUUCAUCUGCGUCUCCAGAGGAUUUCUGAUCUGUUAUCAGUUUUCGAUGUGAAAUCUGUUCUUAGUCGUAUUUUUUGUAAAAUGUUGAAUCAAAUAAAGCAGUUUCUUUUUA